AUGAACUUUAACAGAAAAACCCCCACUGAGACGACAGAAGCUCAGGAUACAUCUGAUAUUAGCGAUAUCAGGAAUACCGAGGAUAAGGAUGGUUCUGAAAUCGAAAAGAAUCUCCCAACGCCGGAUCAGAGUAGUGAGGAUAACAAGUUGUCCGGCGCCAAAUUACUGAUCCUAGGGUUUUCCCUUUGCUUCAUGGUCUUUCUGAUUGCUUUGAAUGGUACAGUCGUUGCUACAGCUGUUCCUCAGAUCACGAAUCAAUUUAAUUCCCUCAACGACGUUGGCUGGUACGGCAGUGCGUCGCUGCUUACGAACUGUGCUAUCGGUCCACUUACAGGCAAGAUCUAUACGUUCAGUCCUCUGAAGGCCACAUUUAUAAUUUUCCUCUCGAUCUAUAUGCUCGCAAAUCUCCUGAGUGCCGUUGCAGUCUCUUCCAACAUGCUGAUUAUAGGAAGAGCUGUCCAAGGUAUAGGCGGAGCAGGGGUAAUGAACGGGGKAUUUACGAUUAUCGCAGCCGCUGUUCCGAGAGACAAGAAACCGAUUUACCUUGGUGUCGGUAUUGGGAUUUCUUCUAUCGGAGCAGUAAUUGGACCAGUCGUUGGAGGCCCUUUGACCCAGCAUGCCUCAUGGCGUUGGUGUUUCUACAUCAAUCUGCCUCCUGUCGGACUGACAAUUCUUCUCCUUCUUUUCUUGAGGAUUCCUGAACAGACGGCCAAAAAGCCAGUCUCGCAGAAUAUUAUGCCACUUCUUCGAGAACUAGACAUUGGCGGCUUUGUCUUAUUUGCUCCCGCUUGUAUCAUGUUCCUUUUGGCCAUGAAUUGGGGUGGCUCAACCUAUUCUUGGAAAUCUGCCACCGUUAUAGGACUCAUCUGUGGCUCUUUUGUAACAGCCUGUAUUUUUGCUGUAUGGCAACGGCGCAGAGGUGAUCGUGCUAUGAUACCUCCCACCAUUAUCAGUAAUAGACUCGUGUUGUUCGGAUGUCUUGUCUCCGGAUUGCAAAUGGGGGCUUUGUCCCUGCUGGCAUACUAUCUCCCACUCUGGUUUCAGGUUGUCAAGGACGCUAGUCCCACAAAGAGUGGAGUGAUGACCCUUCCUUCAGCUAUUUCCCAGGCUCUGGGCUCGUUGGUCGCUGCCAAAGUCGUGCAAAUCAUCAAACGCUGCACCCCAUGGGCAAUAUUUGGAAGUGUGCUGAGCGCAAUUGGUGCCGGUCUCAUGUCUACGUUUCGUCCAUGGACUGGGGCCGGUAGCUGGAUUGGUUUUCAGAUAUUGACUGGUACGGGGCGAGGGUCUGUGAUGCAAAUGCCCCUAACAGCUAUUCAAUCCUUUCUCCCGGGAAAUCAGGUCGCCAUUGCUACCUCUUCGAUCUUCUUCUUCCAAAACUUUGGCGGCGCUCUCUUUCUUUCUCUUGCACAGACAAUCAUGGACAACAGUCUUCCAUCUACCCUGAAUAAAUAUGCUCCAAAUGCCGAUGCACAAGCCAUCAUCUCUGCUGGAGCUACUGGGUUCCGAUCUUUGACCGACAAAUCGGAUCUUACGGGCGUGGUACUUGCGUUCAAUUCUGCGAUUACAAACACCUAUUAUCUCGCCGCGGGUGGUUCGUGUGCUGCUUUUCUUGCAUGCUUUGGAAUGGGUUGGCAAAAGAUUGAGAAAUCGGCUGGAAAGAAGUAG